AUGGCCUUCCGUUUCUCGUCCUUGCUCGCGUCCGGUGGAGUGGUGCUGCUGCUGCUGCUGGUGGUGGCCUCCACGUCGGUGUCCGGUGCUGCCAUCGAGAAUGCGGUAACUCCGCGCAUCCACAGCUCCGAUGAGCUGAUCUCGACCAUUGUGGAUAAGUGCUUCCAUGCCAAUGCCAUGCAUUGCCUCAAGGAGAAGGUGCUCAGCUAUCUGGACACGGUGGCCAAUGUGGAGGAUGAAGAGGUCAGCGGUCGCGCUUUGAGCGACGAUGUCAUCGACAAGGUUAUUGUGGACCGUCUGGGUCGCAUUCUGAACACCAACGAGAUGAGGCUUCAGCUGCCCCAGACUUUCUUCGCUGGCUCCGUGGUGACCUAUCGCUCGGAUCGAGGCUUCGACCUGGAGUUGCCCAAGGAUGAGGGUCGCGCCGAGAAGAAAAACAAGGACAAACUGUUCCUGCCCCUGCUGCUGCUGAUGAAGCUCAAGCUGAAGGUGGUCAUGCCCAUCCUGCUGGCUCUGAUCGGUCUGAAGGCCACCAAGGCUCUGAUUCUGUCCAAGAUCGCCAUCAAGCUGGUGCUCGGUUUCCUGAUCUACAAUCUCAUCCAGAAGCUGGGUGGCAUGAAGAUGAACAUGGUGCCCAUGCCAGCCCCAGUGCCGGCCAGUGAAUAUGGUGUGCCCAGCACCACGGCCUCAUCGUAUGAUCCCAGCAGCUGGGAGCCCAUGAGCGGAGGUCCCUAUGCCCGCUGGGACUCGCAGAAUCUGGCCUAUAGCUCGUACCAUCCUAGCAGCUCGUCGUCCUACUCCUCGGGCUCCUCCUCGGGAUCCUCGGGCUCAUCGUCCAGCUACAGCUCAUCCUCUUAA